CCCACAUUAAUUACUUGCUAAUGCAUCAAGGAAAAGCUAACGACCAUAAUAUUAGGUAAAGCAAAAUUUCCAGAAGAUAUAAUUUUAACCAAAUUAUAAACUAGAUAACUACCUCUAUAUGGCUAUAUAUACAACAGAAAUCUGUUUAACAUAAUAUUACCAAAAAACAAACAAAAAUAAUCAUGAAAGCUGUCAUAUUUUGUGCCAUUUUCGCUGUCGUAGUAAUGCAGGUUUUAGCAUUACCAGUAGAUGAAAUAGAAGAAAAAGAUGGUCACCUGCGGUUUAAAAGGUUCACAUGUGAUGUAUUGGGGUCCAUUUCCUACAAUGGGGUUAGCAUGCAUGACAAUCCUUGUUCAAUUAAAUGCAGAAUGAUGGGAAGCGAUGGCGGGCAUUGCGAUGAACAGAAAGCGUGCCAGUGUAAUUAGUUUUAAAUAAUUUAAUUGUAAUUAAUGAAUUUUAUUUAUUUCAUAAUUAUGAUGGAAAGAACUCUAAAAAUAUUGUUAUUCAAUUGUUAUGUUUUUGAGUAUCCCAAGUUCGAAAAUUAUAAUAAAAAAAUUGUAUUACU